AUGAAGGUUUCCGACGUAGACUUACCGGUGCCAAAAUUUCGGCGACGCGAUUCGAAAAGGAAAGAGGAUGAGGUCAAAGAAUGGAGUGAGAUACCAUCAAGUGAAAAACGUCUAUUCAUCAUCGCCACAUUUCUCCGUUUAUUAACAAUUCUUUUCAUUCUUUUCGUCUACAUUUGCUCGCUCGCUCAAAUCGCCACAGCUUUCUCGUUGAUUGGCAGUUUUGGAUUAGGUCAUGCAAUCAAAGAUUCCCCACUUCUCCAAGAUCCGAUCUCGGGUCUCAUUUUGGGCAUGGUUACAACGGUUGUCCUUCAAAGUCCCACCGCCACUGUGACCGUUCUCGUCAGUAUGGUGGCUGCGAAUAUGAUCACCGUUCACACAGCAAUCCCGGUGAUGAUCGGCUCGGAGUUGGGCUCAUCUCUCAUCAAUUCUUUCGUUUCAAUGGCCUAUUCGGGGAAUAAAGAACAAUUCAGAAGAGCUUUCGCAGCCGCCACUUUACCCGAUGUGUUCAAUUUCUGCACUCUUAUCAUCAUUUUACCGCUUGAAUUAUUUACAAGUGUAAUCGAGAAAACGAGUUGGUUGAUCGUUGACCCAUUAGUCUCUGAAAAGGGACUCACCUUCAAAACUCUCGAUUACAUCACUGAUCCGAUCAAUAAACUCGUACUACAGGUAAAUGAAGCAGAGAUUCGAAACGCGACCAUAGCCAGAGAUUACUUUUCCCCUGAUCACACUUUCGUCAAUCGAUGCGUCUUUCCGAAUGGAUCGAGGAUAGCUAAUUGUCCAUACAAGCACAUUUUUGCCUACUCUUCCCUAUCGGACAUGUGGAUUGGGGUGAUCAUUGUCGUGGUCUCAGUUCUUUCGCUCAUUCUGUGUCUCUGCGGAAUUGUGCAUUUGAUCACGAAAAUGCUCGCCGGUCGUCUGGCAGUUCCAUUGAGGAAAGCCUUAGACAAAGAAGUGCCUCGGCCAUUCUCUUUCCUCACCGGAUACAUCAUUAUGUUUAUCGGAAUGGUCGUCACACUUUUGUUACAAUCGAAUUCAAUCUUCUCCUCAUCACUGACUCCAUUAGUGGGUAUCGGUGUGAUUUCCCUCGAUAAAGUCUACCCAUUGACACUCGGCUCAAAUAUUGGGGCCACCUUUUCAGCCGUUUUGGCAGCAAUGUCCGCGGAUGAGGCACGAUUUGAGAAAACCCUACACAUGGCGAUGUGUUCGGUUAUCUACAAUGUGAUGGGCACAACAAUGUUUUACGUGAUCCCAUGGACAAGAAAAGUGCCGAUUUUCUUGUGUAAACGCUUGGGAAAUGCGACUGCUGAGUAUCGUUGGUUUAUCUUGAUCUACAUAAUCGGCCUCUUCAUCAUCCUUCCAGCGAUCGUUUUCGCGUUAUCGUUGGGCCCUGAUUUUCUCCUUUAUCUUUUCUUGGCCGAGCUUUUUGGAGUGAUCGCUUUGAUUGGUUUUAUCAAUUAUUUGCAGGUGCGAUUUGCAAAAUCUCUACCUCCAUCAUUACGCACUUGGAAGUGUGUACCGCGUUGUUUCCGAUCGUUUCGCUUUUGGGACGCUUUCUUUAUGCGAUGUUUUGGCGGGAUACCGUUGAUUGGAAGAUUUAUUCGUGCUGGUCAAGAGGAAAAUGAGCCGACCGAAACGGAUAGUGUUUUGUCGGCUGAUUUUAUCGAUGAUCCACCGCUACCAAAAGUGAAUCGUUUCUCAAGGAGUACCGUUGUU